AGCGGAGGGCACGGACGGGGCCCGGCGCGAUGCUGUGAAGGAGCGGCGCAGGUGGACCAUGGCUCAGUUCUCUCAGAAGAGAGGGCAGAGGAGAGACGAUGACGGGCUGGGCAGUGCUGUGGAUUUCUUCCUGGCCAAUGCCAGGCUAGUGCUGGGUGUGAGUGGGGCAGCCAUUCUGGGCAUUGCCACCCUGGCAGUGAAACGGCUCAUUGACCGAGCCACCAGUGCCCCCGACAAGGACGACGCCAAAGCAGAACAGAAGUCCAUUGAGGAGAGCUGGCAGGAACUGAGCCUGCUCAAGGCCUCGCCAAGACCUCAGCCCAAGCCCAGCCGGGAGGCGCUCAAUCAGCCCCAGCUGGCUCUGACCCGGUCCCCGCCUGCCCCAGUGCCCCUUCUCGAUCCCGUGCCCAGGCCCUCCUUGCUCCUGUGCCUCACGCUCCAAGAGAAACUUCUCGCCUUCUACCGAGACCACGUGGUCAUCCCCGAAGCCGAAGUGGCCCUGGCCCGGCAGCUGGCCACCGACAUCUGCCGGGAGCUGCAGGGCUCCCUGCGCGGCAAGUUCCCGGCGCUGCCGUGGGGAAGCGUGUUCCUGAGCGGCUCGCUGUUCGACGGGCUCGAGGCGGCGGCGGGGGCGGCCAGCCGGGCCUGCCUGAUGGCGCCGCUGGCCCUGGAGGCCGGGCUCUGGGACUUCAUCCCGGGGGAGGACACCAUCGUGAACGACCCCCGCUGCUGGAUGAUCCGGAGGACUCAGCUGGAGUUCGCGCCCCGGGGGUGCAGCCCGUGGGAUCGCUUCACCGUCGGCGGGUACCUGUCGUCCGACGUCCUCAACGACACGCUCCACGGGGCCCUGGUGGGCUCCGUCAACUGGCCCGCCAUCGGCAGCCUGCUGGGCUGCGUCCUCCGGCCGGCGGUGGCCUCGGAGGAGCUCACGGUCGAAGUCCGGCACGACAGGCUGGAGAUGAGCAUCGCCCUUUUCCCGAUGGCGGAGACCGAGGACAAGGUCCUCCUGGCCGUGCCCCGGGAGGGCCCCGUGGGGAACCUGUGGCGGCAGAGCUUCUACCUGGCGGAGACCACCAGGCUGCGGGAGCUGGACGGCGGGGACGGGGGCGUGCGGAGACGCUGCCUCCGGCUCCUCAAGGGGGUCUGCCGACGCCACCCGGCCCUGAGCAAGCUGAGGGGGAGCCACCUGGCCCAGGUGAUCCUCCGCCUGAGCGAGGCCGAGCCGGACUGGACGGAGGACGCCUUAGCCGAUCGGUUUCGGCAGGUGAUCGAAGAGCUGAUCGGCUGCUUGGAGAAGGGGGCCCUGCCCUGCUACUUCGAUCCACGCAUCAACUUGUUCGGCGGGCUGCGGGAAGAGGAGAUCGACGACAUGGGGUACACCCUGUACAGCGCGGUAUCCGCGCCUGAGAUUUUGCUGUAGACGGGAUGAGGGAUUGGACUUAGGCGCUCGGCCCCUCUUCUUUCCGGAGGGGAGGGACCGGGGGGCUGACGAGAGCUCCUCUUCGUAGCCACUCCCAGGUGGGCUCCUUACGCUGGGGAUGGAGAAGAAAAGGGGUUCUCGGAGGGGGAUAUGGCCAGGCUGGAGUAGAGUCCCGGCCCCCUGACGCUGCCGACACAAACCAGGUCCCUGAACCUCCCCUUGGGAAAGCAGAGUACCCAACAGCGGCUGAUGAAAUUCAACAGAUCCCAGAAAAGGGAAGCUCCCUUAUAGCCCUACCCCGUCUCUGUUCACAUUGAGACCUUGAGGGCCACUUGCCCAACUCCAGCCCUGAAUCCGGUGUGAGUUACCAGCCCACAGGUGUCCUGAUGAAUGGAGCAGGAGACGGGGAAAGGGAAACUUGGGAGUAAGCCUUUGGUGGGAUCCCCUUUCCAGGCCUGUAAUUUAAAUAUUUAUCUUCACGAUGGAAGAGAGACUUCCCUUUCUGGGGUCGGGGCCCCUAAAUCCUCAGUCAGUGUCAGAAUUGAUUCCAUGGGCAUGUUGAUGGUCCCUGCUAACCUUUUAGUGUUCAUCCUGCUGAAGGACGGUGUAAACAGCUUGGGCCAUUUUAAAACCGGUUUUUCUGACUUUAAAAUGUCUUUUUCCCCCACUAGCUGUUCAUGCCGGGUGGUCCUCCAGGGCCGUGACAUCCCAAUCUCUCUCUGCAUGCUUGUCUACUCUCCCUGGAGAGGAGAGCUUCCUCCAGAGGGGAAGCAGGUACUACUAUUGGCUGGUGUGUUUGAUGUUUUUGUGUGCUCUUGAACAGAGAGGUCUCCCAAUGGCUGCUACUUUUGAUACCCAGAGUAUUUUAAAAUCUGCAGAGAAUGUUUCUAAAGAGACCUUGGCUUCAGAACCACCCCAUCCCAUGUGCUAAAACAUAUUGGUUGAAGCUGACAACAAAAAAAAAACCCUCUUGUUCGCAUUUUUCUGUGGCACGAUUGAUAUUUUGUUGAUGGAGGGUGGAGAUAACUUGUUUCUCCAAGCACUACAAAUCCUUCUCAUCUAAAAAUCUUUGCCAUUUCCUUCACUCGGAGCCAAGCUAUUUUUCAAGGAAUGUGAAUGAGAAUAAAGGAAGAUCGAUUGUAUGUGAAAAUGGGUUUUGUGUUGGAUUGCUGAAUGCUUUGUGUAGACACACUCUCACAUCCAGUAAGCUUUCUAGAAAUCGCAACCAUCCCGGUGGCCAGAAUGGACACGCGGUUGGGGUACAAUAAAUGGUAAUGGAUCAUUAGUUCAAUAUGUUUUUUCAAAAAGAAAACGGUAUAUUUACCACCCUAUGGAGACUUGAAGGGAAAGUGCUGCCUGAGCAGCAUAAAUUACAUUUAUGGAUUUAUUUUGUGUGUGUGUGUGUGUGUGUGUGCCUCUAAGUGCUAGAACUUUGGAGAACUCAUAAUAAAAUGUUGUGUGUGUUUACAGGGUACUUGUCUUCCAAGUGGUGGGAUCUCUGUGACUUACAUUAGCUUAAAGAACUGCCCAUCACAAUAGCAGGGGGACUCAACUUAUGUAAUAAAGGCAAACUGUGGU